UAAAAAGAAGACUUGAUGGAUUGGGAGAAAUAUCAAGGCCUCAGUGAAGCCAGUCUCCGACUGAUGCUGAGAGAAAGCCGAAGUUUCCCCGAGAGACGACGAUUGCGAGCGAUCCUAAAAAACUUUGCAUCUGACCCCAAGCCUGCCAAUGAAGGGGAUCCAGUUUCAGUGUGUAAUGGGGUCAAUGUGAGGACAUCAAUAUUCUGGACACCAAAAACUGACCGCCUCGUGCGUGACUAUGACAGGCGAAAGACUAUAACCAUCUGCCUGGGAGCAUUCCAUGAGGCUACCACUGAUGACAGCGCCAUCCACAUCAGCCCGACGCCAUCCUGCCGGCCACUGGUCAGAUGCAAGAGUUACACCAGCACUUUACACAUUGACCUACCUGAGGUCAGUGCCAGCAGUGAACUUCUCAGCAGUCGUGUAAGCAGCAUCGACCAAAUGGCCGCCACGGCUGGUCAGUCCAGACCACUGGCUACAAACAGUGACCUCCCUUCCAGUCUGGACUUGAGGAGAUCGUCUUCUGGUUUCGCUUCCUACCGGGUCAUUAGACGGAGCUCUCAGAUGCUUUCAGACAGCGGUCCUCUCGUGCCCACCAGUGGAAGCACAUCCCAUGGUUCAGCCUCCUCCCCACUGUUACAGAUUGCCGGCGACAUCAGCGGCUCACUGUUAACACUGAAACGCAACAACGCGCGAAGAACACCAACGGACUUACUCUCUGCGACUCUGGACACUAAUAACACCCACGCCAAACGACCAGCCGCUAAUCUAGAAAUUUCAUCUACAAACUCAUCUACAAAUUCUUCAACAAACGUAUUGACAAAGACUGCAGAACCUGUCGAUAUUUCCAUGUCGUCAUCACAUUCAUCGGUUCAGGAUUCUUCAGAAGUUUCACGUCUGAAAGACAAUCGCGUACAGGAGACUUCUACAGACUCCACAAACAUGGGUAAGAUUGACGCAAGGGGAGAUGACUCUCGCGAAUCGCUGAGUUCCAUGCCCUUGUCUCAAAGUCCUAGCAGACGUGACAGUUCAUCUGACAACUUAGAACGCAGACGAAAGUCGAAGAUGUUUUCUGAAUUGAUAGAAGUAGGCAGACAACUCUUGUCCGAGUCGGGGGAUUUCUUAGCUGACGGUUCUUAUGUAGUAACUCUUCAAAACCUUGAUUCAGCACCAAGGCAUCAAAAUCAACAAAACAGUCAACUUAGUGCAAAUAUUAUUACGGAACUGGAUAGGACCGGAUUUCUUCCGGAAGCUAAUCAACAGGAAACUGACCAGUCCUUGCCGGAGCAACGGACAAAAAGCAGAUUUUUAUCAUCUCUGUAUAGUGGCCAGGAAAAAAUUAAGAGCUUCAUCAACAAAGGUAGAAACCAACUAAAAGCUCACGAGCUGUCCAUGAGGCUAAAUCCACGGGCUGGACAACCGACUGGCCACUUGGACAGUUUGGCCAAAGAAGGGUUAAGAAACAUUUCCAACGAAAAGCCUUACUACUUGUCCGAGGGAGGAGAUAAACAGGGGAUAGAUAGUGACGAGAUGAGUCAGAGAGUAUCACCUAUCACUCCCGGUGUGCCUGUUUCGGCAGACGACGCACACAAAACCGGUCCGAUUGGCGGGAAAAGCUCGUCGCGUGAGGAAGAUAAUCUCAUUCACAAAUCGUUACCUACCGCUGACGUCAGCUCAGCGCGUGAACAUUGGACAAACAGAGACGAGAGUGUAGCGCAGUUGAAUUCGAGGCUGAGAGACAGACUUGAGUCGAAUCAGACGACAAAACUGUCAGUUGACACUUUGGGACGCAGACUAUCCUCCUCUUCGGACGACGUGUUCACUCCGGGAAGCUCAUCGGACACAAGGCUAUGGUCAUUCAAUUACUCUUCGGGGGACUCAAAACCAUUUUCAAAUUUCGAGUUCUCCGACCUGCCUCAUCUUAAGAGACCACAGAGUCUCUCCCCGGCUUCCACAGCGGCGGCGUCUCGAUGUGGAACCCCAACUCUGAGCGGAAGCAAGACGUCUGCGCUGCCUGAACUAGGUCACAUUUCUGACCGGAGGCGAUUUUCUCUACCAGACGUCAUGGAGGUCAAGGCUAAAGUUCAGGGUGCCUUGAAAACUGCAGCAGACAUUCACCACAAGUACAGUUCAGGGAGAUUAGGCCCGCUGGAUAGGGCGCCCAGACCCCGUAGCGGAUCUCAACAUUUCAAGAGUGAUAAGCCUUUGACUGUGUCCCACCCGAGUCCUCGGACAACGAAACCUAAAGACGCGUGUCCAGUGUCACACAACAACGCAACAACGAAAAAAACAUCAAAAUCAUACUUGCUGACUAAAGAUAAACACGGAGAAUCAAUGGUCACUGAACUGACCAAUGACGAAUUGCCCAGUCCAAAGGCGAAGACAUCAGUCCUGGAUAAAACUGAUGUUAAUGUCGCGACUUCGCUGGACGGUAAAAGAUCCACCCCGAAAAGAGCUGGCUCUGACGUUGUUGACUACAAAGGAACUCAGAGAGCGUCAUUUCCGGUGACGUCACAUACUUCUGCCACAUCGAAAGGAUUAAAAGAGCGGCCAGCUACAACUGGUCAGUUGGAACAAUCUCAUGUGGACAACAAGAGACAGGACAAUAUGAAGGACAUUGACAGGAGUCUUUCUCUAAGGAGAGGGAGCGAAAAAGGUACAAGUAAAUUGGUCAGUGGUCAGCUGGGACGCAGAGCCUCGGAGUAUUCUCCUGUAAUUGGUGGACGCAGUGGGCCUAAGAUAAGUCCAGCCCAAAGUGCAGUCAGCUACAAGGGCAUCACAAGCCUAACAGAACUCCAAAAUCUGUUGACACAUACGGAGGAUUCUAACGAACGUAACAACAUACGAAACGUGAUCCGACAUCUUCGACAGCUGCCUGAAAGUGAGCAGCUCAAGAAAGGGAAACCUGGACUCGAGAAAAGCAGUGCUGGAGUAGGUCACGCUCGUGAACCUGGAGCAGACGUCAAACGUUCAACCUCGACGUUUCUACCCUCCACAUCUUCACCGACACGUACACAAAGUCUAAGGACAUCUGGGAGCAGGUCCAGCAACGGUCUUAAACUUGACAACGGCUCAUCCCACGAGCCGGCACCUAGCCCAUCAAGCGCAUCAGUCUCAUCCUUCAGCCUCACCACUAACUCGCCUUCGUCCAGCGUCAAAGCAUCUCAGUCGUCUCCCAGGCAAAACAACAACAACAGCGCCAGACCUAAGCCCACUGUCCGACAAUCAUUGGCAGCCAAGAGUGAUCACUCUAAAUCACAUGAGGACAAAACAUAUAAUGAUAACUUAGAGGGUAGCAAAGCUUCCGAUGCUUCCAAAGUGUCACAAAAGACUGACCUCGGAGCAGAAAGCUCCAGCGUUUUGGAGCAGGUCAAAGCUAAACUUGAAUCCAGAAGAAAUAGCUCUAAUAAUGAGUUAAAAACUCCAGACCACCUAAGGUCCACUCUGACCAAAUCUCUUGCAACACCUCUGGAAACCCCAAGCUCAGAUGAUGUGUUUAGCUUCCCAGAGUCGAAAAAGACACAGGACACGUCUGAGGAUCAAAAUUUACGACGAGGGUCAACCGGUGGUGAGCGAUACAGAGAGGCCCGCCAUCACAUUUUGAAACUAUCAGGACUAACAUAUGGACAGAAGCCUUCCUUGACCACAGAUCAUCUGUCACCUACAGCAGAAGUUAAAGCUGACAUUGUACGUUCUAUUGAGGCAGCAAAGUCUCCCCAUGAAAUUAAAACUCUUACAAAUGAAAAAUCCAUUAAAAAUUCUGAUUCCCCCCUCAGCACUCAUUCCUCCAAAGGGCAGUCCAAACAAGGCGACGACUUAGAUGCUGAGUAUAAAACAUCUCCCCAGAGUAUAAUUCCAAAGGCUGUAGGAUCGGUAACCGACAAAAAGGAGCCACUUCAUAAGCAAAUACCACCAGAUGAACUUUUGAAUUUAUCUGACAGUUCGGGUAAACCCGUUUCUCAUGGAGUUAAAGAUGACGUAAGGAAGACUGGUCAACUUAGCCACGUGACAAAUGAAGAACAGAAGAGGACUCCUAAAACGAGUACAAUUUCUACACUCAAGUCUGGCGCCGUGCCGGAGACGCCAGUCAAGAGAACUAGAAGUCUUUACACACCUGGUAAGUCUUCACUGGACAGUAGAAACAAAAACGUUGACUUGACGGACAUGUCCACCAUUGAAAGUGUUGUAAUCACUGCUAGAGCCAUUUGUGAGAAACCAACGGAAGAUCUAAAGCAAUCAGAUAGUGACACCUCUGGUGAAACGGUGAUGCCAGUGUUAAAUUUGGUUUCAAAUAAUCAGAAUGACCAUUUGGAUUCUGUGAAGCCAGACUCGGUUCUGAAUACAACGCAGAAGAUGGAACCCAUACUUCACACUGUGGGCGUUACCAUUGCUUCAGAAACUGUGGAACUUCCUUCCAAACCGACGCUCACCAGAUCUCGGCCAGUAGGUCGAAGUCUCACAGAGUCUCGUACGUCUCGUCCGGAAAUGUACCGCGACGACCGUUUCCUUGCUCGCAUUGAUGAGAACGCGGAGCUCCACAAGGAUAACAGCGUGGAGAUGCACCAACAUGAACCUCAGCAGGAGAUCCUACAGCACCAUGAGCCACAGCAGGAGAUCCCACAGCCCGUUACAAGGCAGCGCAAAGUUGGCGUUAUCAUGACCGGGGCUCCACCAGCGAUGGAGUCCAAACCUGACAUCACAGAGGAUUGUCAAGUUGCUAGACAUCCCGGCUACGGUCUUCGCUUAGCACCUCAGGAACCAGAAGGCAGCCAUCUGAACAGUUUACUACGAGAUUUCCAACUACAGAAACCCGUGGACGAAGAAUCUCUCGUGGCUAGAAUGAAGCGAUUCUCUGCGCCGGCUCCAAACUAUGUCCAGAUGCAGGUAGCGUCGUCACAUUUGGAUGACCAGUCUAAAAGGCGACACUCGGAGAUCUACAACAAGCAAGAGGCCAUCAAAAUAGAGCAGGCGUUUUCUAGCCUGUUGGAGGACCUUGAAGUGGUCAGUGGGUCCGAGAGUAACAUCUCAGACCACGAGCACUCCGAAAGCGACGAUUCUUUAGCUUCCAGUCAUGAAUCGUCUGCCUCUCUGGACAGCUCUUACCAAACUCUUAAAACCCUGGGAAACAAAGAAUUACCAUCUUCACUUCCUUCAAAAUCUGAAGAACAGAAUAACGAACCUUUGACCUCUUAUCAGCACCAUGACCUCACCAGUACACACCAUACGGAUAUAACCACAUCUGACAAAGUCAAGGACUAUCACAAGGAUGGACUGUCCAGCAUGUCCCAAGAAGACAGUGGAAUAGCUCUAUCUCCAGAGGAAUUACCUCAGAAGCAGGACAAUGUAGACAGAAGUAACCUUGCGGAGGAAUCACAGCCUGCAGCGGAUUCAAGGUCAGCCUCAUCAGCAUCACAAGAAACCUGUACAGAUCUUACCGACGGAGCUAUUAUGACCGGGGAGCGCUUGGACCAGUCAGAACCUCACUCUGCCAUGGAAACGAUCAGCUCCCACUCCUCCACGACCACAGCAGUCCUCCAGCUGGCCCCCACCCCUCAGAUAUCCCAAGAGACGAUUGGAACCAGGACGUUCCGCGUGAACCAGGACAAAGACGGGGGCAUCACUCUGCAAGCCAGCGCGGAGGACGAGAACCAGAACCGGGUCGUGACGGUGCGCACCCUCAAGCAGCGCACACCCAGCGACGCAGACGAGGAGCUCCGCGACAAGAUCGUCCAGAAGAAGAUGGUCUCCCCUGGCGGAACUGUCUUAGAGGAGAAGGCGGUGGUGCAGACCAAGAAGAAGUUGACCUCCAGGGGGUCAAACUACUACACCAGGAGCACCUACACGACGAGAACCAAAAGAGACAAACACGGACAGGAGACGGUCGAGCACAAUGUCUCUGUAGAGACGGAGAACAAAUCCGUGAGUCAAGGUCAGUCUUGGGGCAACAAGGUCGUGACCUCGGUGACCUUGGACGAAGGAGGUAACCCUGUGUUGUCGGAAAACGAGAACGACCGAAAGACUGACGCCAAAUUGGCCAUCACGAACAAAGCAGAUGGAGCCGGGGAAGUCUCUGGGAUAGCGCCCUCCUUGACAGCGGUUUCACCAACAGAAAUGAUCAAGGCCAUAGCAUCAGUCAAAGUUGAAGGACCACCGGAAAUAACGCAGCCUUUGACUGACGUCACAUCUCUUGAAGGGAAACACGUCACCUUGUCUUGCGGCAUUAGGUCCACGCAGACGACCCAUGUCACGUGGUACAAGAAUGACGUAGAGAUCACCGAGGCUGACCUGUACGCGUGCCACUACGACGAGGAAGAGGGUCGAGCGACAUUGAGAAUCCCGGACGCAACCAUAUUUGACACGGCCAGCUACAGCGCCAUCUGCCAGAAUUCUUUGGGCGAAGCCAGGACUACCUGCUCAGUGGUCAUUAAAAGAAGGUAUGAAAAAGUACCAGCCAUCGCAAAGGGCCUUUCUGACUUGUCAGUCGGCGAGGGUCACUCUGUCCACCUGGUUUGCUCUAUCCUUGAUGCUGCCAGCACAGCGUGGUUCAAGAAUGGGAAGUUGCUCGUUCCAUCUGUCGAUGUCCAGCAGGUGUAUGAUGGGAAGGAGGCUAGCCUUAACUUCAAUGAGGUGCUCCUAGAGGAUGCUGGUUGCUACGAGUGUGUUGCAACAAAUGAUUGUGGGGAAUCUAGCACUUCUUGUACCCUGGUAGUCACUUCCAGUGGUUCAGAGAAUACAGUGGUUCCCGUGUUCCUCACCAAGUUUUCGGACAUACAGAUAUUGGAUGGUGAGAAUGUGACCCUAGAGUGUGAGGUCAUUGGUUCUCCAGAACCCAACAUUACUUGGUGGAAAAAUGGACAUGAGUUGCCUGCAGAUCUAAGCUUUAGUGCCAACUAUGAUGGCAGAGUGUCCUGUCUACAGAUAAACAACAUGAAGUCUGAGGAUUCUGGGAUAUACAAAUGUACAGCAGAAAAUACAGCUGGUAAAGUUUCACGAGAAGCUAACGUGACUGUUUUAGUCAAGAGAGCUGCACACUUUGUGUCCAAACUUGAAGACGUCAACACAAGUCGGGGUAAAGCAGUGGUCCUCAGAUGUUCAGUGGCUGGUACUCCCCAACCUUCUGUGAGCUGGACAAAAGAUGGCAUCAGCAUUGGUCAGUCAUCCAAAUAUAUACAGUCCUAUCACAAUGGGGUAGCUCGGCUGGAGAUUUUGCAAGUAGUCAAAGAGGACUCAGGAAAUUAUGAAUGUGUGGCUGGAAAUGUGGUGACAGAAACAUCCUGUGCUAGUAGAGUUGUGGUCCUAGAUCCAGAAGCUCAAAGGUCUACCCAGGCACCUAUUGAUGAUCAUGUCAUCGAGACAUUGCCUAAAGUGACCAGGACAAGGACAUUUAAAAAGUUGUCAGAGCCACGGCCAUCAGAUAUCAUAACAGCUGUCAUUCAGAGAGCUUCCUCCAUGGAACUUCAAAGGACUCAUAGUCUUGAUCCAAGUUCUACGAUACAAACCGAGCUCAGUGCUAAUGUGGUCAACCAAAAUGACGAGAAGCUUAACUCCUAUGUGAGUAGCUCUACACCUGCACUGGCUAGUGAGAUCAGUGUGGUUCCAAGACCAGCAUCACUUGGGCAGCUGUCAAAGCCAGCAGUGAAUUCAAGGAGUUUGACCAGCCUUGAAAUACAGCCAAAGACUGACCAGACAAGUCCACUACCCCAGCUAGCUAAAGGGACCAACUUGGGUCGGUCAGUUUCGAUGCAUGUAGUUAGGAAUAAUAACCUUUUGUCCCCUGAUAACUCUCCAUUGACUACCAAGGUCACAUGGUCUCCAUCACGUGACCACUCAGGGAAGAGAGAAACAAUAAACAAAGCGACAUCAUUGGAGAUAAUCAACGAGUCCAAACCACUGAAUUCCAUUCCAGGCUACAGGCCUGUGUCACCUGUGUUCCUAACAUCACCUGACAAAGAGAAACCUUCAGUGUCACCUUUGGCUAGAAAUGACAUCACAGGUGGCAGUCUAGGUCAUGACCCUGCCACCAAAGACAUUCCAAAAAUUCCAAAGUCAGAACUAGAAAAUCAUUCAUCUUCUAAACUAAUUACUCCACUACCGGCUACCUCACAGUCAAAUCCAGCUCACGAGAUUUCACUUAAAAAACUUGGACCCAGUUCAACUUCGCCAUCACAUCCAGUCACUACCUCAUCCACUGAAAAUGACCAGCCAGCCAAACAGGAAGUGAAAGCACUGCCGAGGGUCAGCCAACUGAGGCUGCAGUUUUUACAAAAUGACUUGCAGGCUCAGCAGAGUAGACCACUGGCCAGUAGUGGGGCAGGAAUCAAAAGAUGGCACUCUCUGCCUCCUCAAGAUAUACGUCCCAAUGUCGUGAAGAGGGAUAAGCCAGCCCUUCCCACCCCAAGCGUCGCCAUGCCUUCCUAUGAUGAGAUCAACGAUGAGGAGGAACUCCAUAAGUUGAUGAACAGUACAGAAGAUUUUGAGGAGAGAAAGAAAAUACGUUCCAGGUUGAGGGAGAUCAGAGACAAGCAAAGAGAUGAGCUUGAGGCUAAGAGGAAGCAGAGGGAGGCAGAGGCAGAGGAUUUGGUGAAGAAGAAGUUUGAGAAAGCUGAAGAGGAGAAGAAGAAGAAAAUGGAGGCAUACAAACAGCAGGCGCCCACACACCAGAGAGACAGCAAGUAUCAUGAAGUCACACAGAAUCUCAUUGCUGAUAAAUACAAAGCUGCAGAGGAAGAGAAAGCCAAGAAACUAGCUGCUUACACCCACAUAGCAGAGACCACUGGUCCUGGAGGUGAAAAGACAGUCUCCAAGACAACAACCACCAGCAGCACAGAAAAUACUCCAGGUGGUGGUAUCAGAACAACAACCACCACAACCAAAAUAGAAUCAUCUUCAAAAGGUUUUGGGGGAACUUCUUACAGCAAGCCUGCAGAGGUGACAGCACAAGAACUUGCACAGAGACUCAUGGGUGCCUCAGGGCCAGGGGUCUCAGGAAGGAUAACUGUCAAGACAGAAUCCUGGAACAGUUCUGAUGGCCGGGUGGAAAAAUCUGAAAAAAGUCAAUCAUGGGGAGCUAAACCUCAAAAUGCAAUGGCUGCCUUCAAACAAAUGGACAAUGCAAAUGCACCUGCAGGAGGGGCCAAAGCAAAUGCCCUGGUGUCUGUGUCGCUGGCCAAGAAGGCUGCCAGCUCUAUGAAAAAGAAUAUAAUCACAAUAAAGCAAGAAUUGAUGAGCUUCUGUCAAGCUAAUACAGAAGAAUAUGAGGGUGUUGAAAUCACCAACUUUUCCUCCAGUUGGAACAAUGGCCUGGCUUUCUGUGCCCUCAUUCAUCAUUUCUUCCCUAAUGCAUUUGACUUCAACUCACUGGAGGCUUCCAAAAGAAGAUACAAUUUCACUUUGGCUUUUGACACUGCUGAGAAAGAGGCUGAUAUUGCCCCAUUGCUGGAUGUGGAGGAUAUGGUCAAGAUGAAAAACCCAGACUGGAAAUGUGUUUUCACUUAUGUCCAAAGCAUUUACAGGCACCUCAAGGACCAUGAAAAUAAUAAAGCCAAUCCCAUUGAACAGUAAAUGUCUUCAGGGCCUUAAUACUGCUGAGAGUUGACUUUAUAUUUGGCUCUAUUUUUGUUAGAUUCUGAGUCAGAAACUGUUUGCCUAGAAUACCUAAAUGUUGAUUUUUUUUUCUAUUUAACAGGGUAAAGAUAAAAAAAAAGAAAAUUAGCCAUUGCACUCUCUAGAUUCUUGCACACACUGUUGCAUAAUAGCUAUUUCUUAGUUAAUGUUUAGUUAGUAGUCUAGAUCUGUUUCAACUUAUUUUUAAGACUCGUUGAACUUUUUUUUUUUAAAUAAAUAAGACAGGAAUUGUAAAAUUAUAUGUCCAACUUAAAAGUUUAAUUUUUUUUUUUUUGUAGAACUUAAAAUUUGUUGGGCUCAUAUUUAAUUUGCAUUUUUGUAUUUUACUUUAAUGUGUGUAAAUUUUACUUUAUAAUUCAUCUUAAUAAACUUAAUUCAAAUUCACUUAUAGAGACUUAUAAAACUAUCAAACUUAUGUUAUGCAAUGUCAUAUUCAUUUGUAUUUAAUAUCUCUCUUUUAUUGUUUACAUUUAUUUGCAACAAAAGCUUUUAUUUUUGUUUCAAAGUUAACUGUGAUGACUGUUGCUUCUUAAGCAAUAUAUUUUUUAUACAAAACCAUUCUGGGUUUGUUUUUUUUUACAUUAUAAUAGUUUGAAGAACUUUUUAUGACAUUACCACAUUAGAUAAGUUUGAAGAACAACUUUUAUGACAUUACCACAUUAAAUAAGUUUGAAGAACUUUUAUGACAUUACCACAUUAGAUAAUUUGAAGAACUUCUAUGACAUUACCACAUUAGAUAAGUCUGAUUUGUAGAGUUUAUUAUAUUAGUAGUCAAUAAAGUGUUAAAAUUUACUAAAAUAGAAAAUAGUGUACAAAAAAAAUUACUAAAAAGUUUUCUGUCACUUUUUAUUUUAUACUAAAAACUUUCUGAAUGCCCUUUCUAGAGUAAUAGCAAACUUCUAAUAGAUUACAUUUAAUGUCUACACACACAAAGCUUUCAAUAGCUACCAAUCAAUACUUUCAUUGAUACUAUAAGCCACCCAAGAAAGGCUUCAUUUAUAUAAAGUAUUUGCUAGCUUUUGUGGAAACAUAGUUAUUGUAGUUGAGUUAUCUGUGUUAUCUGUGUAAGUGUGUAAGCUGCUCACACAAGAGUUCAGAAGUCUGUACAACUGUUUCUAGUUAAUUGCAUAGAAUGUUAGAGAUAUUUGGUUGUAUAGAGAUCUUAGAUUACUUAUGAAUUUUUUUAAUAUUGAUUCAUACAAUUACCAUCUAUCAAAUUUGAAAACAUUUAAAUAAUUUAUUAGAAAUGUUUUAAACAAUGUUAAAUGUAAUAGUUGAGGGAAUUAUUACUAGAGACUUUUUUCACUCAGCAAUCAUUUUUGUCAAAAGAAGUAACUACCAUAUCUGGUCUAAGAAGUUGAAAACUUAUUUAUGUCAAUACAUUUUUUUUAUCGUUCUUCAACAAAGUAAAGAAAAAAAUGAAAAUACUUUUCUAUCAUUCUGUGGGUCAACUCACAUAUGUUUCAUGUAGCUGCCAAAACUGUUGAGUUCUGGGUUUUUUUCUUAGAAAUCAUACAGAAAAUACAGGGGUAUUUUACAACAGAAUUAUUUUAUCUGCUUUAUUUUUUGCAAAUGUUUCUUUUCUUUAGUUGGCAACUCUGCUAAGCUCUAUCCUAUUGUACCUAUGCAAUCUGUAAAUAGAUUGAAAGAGUCCUGACUGGUCAUGGAACAUGUUUGUAAAUAUUUUUGUGUAUGCUCUGAAUACUCUACAGCCUCAAGUCAAGUCUGUCGCGUUGUCUGUAUGAUCAGCUGUGUAUUUAUUCUCUUAUUUCACACAUUUACGGAUGCAUUUCUGUCACUGCUGAAUCUGAACUUUACAUGCUGAAGAGUUCUUCCCACUACAGUGUACUGGUUGACAGAAUGUUUCUUCACUAAUCAACAUAAUCUAUAAUCAACAGAUACAAAUUACUUGUACAGAAAUUAAAAUUGUUUUAUAUUUUAAAAUUGAAAAGAUCCUUAAGCACUUACAUACAAUUGUAUUUAUUUAACAUUCUCAAUAGAAGUGAGUCCUUGUUACUCUUGUUUCAAACAAGAAAUAUCUAUUUAUAUCUACAACCGAAAUUGUUAUGACUCUAGAGUUAAGAUGUUUAAAACUUUAACUUUCAGUGAUUAUACUAGAUUAUUUUCUUUAAAGUGAUUAUACUAGAUUAUUGUAAUUUUACUAUUGCUGGUGCUUACAUUUCUAUUGAUCUAUACAUUUGUUUUAUACAUUUGAAAUAGUAAAAUAUAUAGUCAUUGGUUUUUAA